AUGUUACCUGAAACAGUUUGCGUGAAUACAUGGAUCGCUGAAAACCAAAGGGACUUCGUGCCGCCCGUAUGCAACAAAUGCAUGUUUGCUGAGCAACUCAAAGUUUUCUAUGUUGGAGGACCUAACUCGCGCAAAGAUUAUCACCUGGAGGAGGGAGAAGAGUUUUUCUAUCAAAGAGAUGGCGAUAUGGUUUUGAAGGUCAUUGAACAUGGACAGCCGCGUGAUAUAGUUAUCAAAGAAGGUUUAGACAUCAAAUUUAAGACUCCAGAAAAGACUGCAAUGACAUAUAACAUAAGAGAGAUCUUCCUGCUACCAUCCAGAGUUGAACACUCACCUCAACGUUUCGCUAACACUAUAGGGUUUGUUGUAGAGAGGACUCGAGAAAACACCGAGUUUGAUUGUGUGAGAUAUUUUGUCGAACCCUCCAAUGAGCGUUUGUUUGAGCGCUGGUUUCACCUAAAAGAUGUCGUAAAGGACCUGCCGCCACUUAUUAAAGCUUUUCACUCAUCUGAAGAAUACAAAACGGGUAUGUGA